AUGGUUUCGUUUGUUUUGGUGGAAGCCGAGACACAAGAAGUGCUUAUGAAUCUCAUACAGCACCUAGCUGCGAACUCGCUGAAAUUUACUGUUGCGUCCGAUCUUCGACGUCUUUUUGCUCGUACCUACUUGGACGUGGAAGGUACUGGUGCUGCAGAUGUCUCUUCAUCUAGUGAGAAUGUACCACCAACAAGACCUGAAGUGGCAGCAGUUAGCGCAGUAAACACUUCACAACAAUUCCAUAACGCGGUGUCAAAUUUGUUCGGAUUAGUCCCGAAACCAGAACCAUCUGAAUCCACAUUUGCGCAAUGGGCUAAUGUCUCGGGAAACGCUGCACCUGUUGAGUCAAUGCAUUCCGAUCUGUUGUGUGCCGCGUCUCCAUAUUUGGAUAACUAUCAAACAGCCUCAACUCUAGAAUCGCGUGCUCAUCAAAUGUUCGCUUCUGAAGGAACAUCCCGGGGAAUUAAACGUCCAUGGACUCACCAAAAUGCGUCAAUGCAUUCCGAUCUGCUAUGUGCAGCAUCUCCCUAUCUGGAUAACUAUCAAACAGCCUCAACCCUAGAAUCGCGUGCUCAUCAAAUGUUUGCUUCUGAAGGAACAUCCCGGGGAAUUAAACGUCCAUGGACUCACCAAAAUGCGCCUGCCCAGGGCCCAAUAGUCCUUCCAAAACAGGAGGAAGUUAUCGAGAAAAAGGAGAAAUUGCGAGAAGUUGCUUGUCAGAUUUGCGGAAAACACAUAACUAUGCGACGAUGUAAUCUUCGACAUCAUGCUGCAGUAGUGCAUUCAGGCAUUGAGAGAUAUGCUUGUCCUUGUGGUUACGCGACUGUACAUCGAAAUACAAUCAUUCGACAUAUGUUGAAGCAUGCAGCCAUAGAUGGAGAGAAGCACUACGAAUUCACGGAUUUGCUAACCCCAGCGGAAGCAGAACGAAUUGAAAAACUCACUGAAGAAUGCUUCCGCGAAUAUAAAACGAUUCCACGCCAUAAUGAGGAACAGAAUGAUGAGCUGACGAGAACCUUGGAAUGUUUGGCUAGUGGCGCCAGUGGUGUUGUACAGACCGAGCAAGUUGUACACAAUGAAGAGAUGGAAGGUUCUCCGCAGUGA